AUGUCCUGGCUCCGAGGCAAGAAAGCUUCCGUCACGAAUCUCAAGGCAGACGAUACCAGCAACCGCUCGACGACACCAACACCUUCCAACCCUGACGGCAAGGACGACAAACUCACCUUUCGGUCCGGAUUGCUCACCAUUCGUGUUCUAUGGGCUGAAGGACUUAGCCUGCCGGCGGGAGUCGCCGUACCGCCAGCGGUUCAGUCGGCCUUGAAUUCUCAGCAAGCGAAAGUUGCUGCCUCUAUUUCUCCAUCUUCGGUCACUCAGCAGCGUCUAGCGAAGAAGUCGAGGGGGGAUAGGGAUAGCAUCCAACGAACUCAAUGUUGGUGGCUACCAUACGUCGUUAUGGAGUAUGAGGUCAACCAGGUUCUCAUCACUCCGCUGGGCGGCGAGCUAGACAAGCCUUUGUACAUGUACCAAGCUCAUUUCGAUGUCUCACGCAACUCUGAGAUCUCUCUGCAAUGCUACCUGCGCACAGAAGAACCAAAGUGCGGUGGAGAUGGGCUCGCCGAUGAUCUGGGCAAUGACAUCUUCCUGGGCGGCAUCAAGUUUGUACCCAACUUUGACGGUAUGGGAAAUCAAGACCAGUGGUACGAGUUGGUUGGAGGUGCCGGCAAGGUUCAAAUUGGUGUUGCGUACCAGCCUCAUUAUGGCCAAUCGUUGACCAUCGAUGAUUUCGAGUUGAUGACCGUCAUUGGGAAGGGAAGCUUCGGCAAGGUUCUGCAAGUCAGAAAGCGCGACACUUCUCGAAUUUAUGCUCUCAAGACGAUUAGAAAAGCUCACAUUGUAAACCGCAACGAGAUCACACAUACGCUUGCUGAGCGCCUUGUCCUCGCGCAAGUCGAUAGUCCUUUCAUUGUGCCCCUGAAGUUCAGCUUCCAAUCUGAGCAAAAGCUAUAUCUCGUCCUUGCUUUUGUUAAUGGAGGUGAACUCUUCCAUCACCUCCAACGAGAGCACCGCUUUGAUGAGAAGCGCGCUCGCUUUUAUAGUGCCGAGCUACUUCUUGCUCUUGAGCAUCUCCACGAGUUGGACGUUGUAUAUCGGGAUUUGAAACCGGAAAACAUUCUCCUUGAUUACACUGGUCACAUUGCCCUAUGCGAUUUCGGUCUUUGCAAGUUGAAUAUGAAGGACAACGAAAAGACAAAUACUUUCUGUGGCACACCUGAGUACCUGGCACCGGAGAUCCUCUGUGGCAAUGGAUAUGAUAAAGCGAUCGAUUGGUGGACCCUCGGUGUUCUCCUCUACGAGAUGCUUGCAGGCUUACCUCCAUUCUAUGACGAGGUUACGGAUAAGAUGUAUGAAAAAAUUCUGAACGACCCUCUUCGCUUCGGAGAGGAAUUUAGUCCAGAAGCUUGCAGCAUCCUCACGAGCCUUCUUAACCGUGACCCCUCUCGUCGUCUCGGGAUCAAAGGCGCUGAUGAGAUCAAGCGGCAUCCUUUCUUCCAUAAGCACAUCGACUUCAAGUUGCUAGCUCAGAAGAAGAUUCAACCUCCUUUCAAACCCAGCGUGGCCAGCCCCGUCGAUGUUUCCAACUUCGAUAUGGUAUUCACGGAGGAGGCGCCUGUCGACAGCUUCGUCGAAGGGUCUAACUUAUCGCAAACAGUUCAAGCUCAGUUUAAUGGCUUCUCCUACAACGGAACUCAUUUGUCGGUCGCAUCAUAA